ACUCUAUCUGAACUGAAGGGAAACAGAAACGUCUGGUACAAGAUACACGUUUUAAUUUACGAUCUCUACAACAUCAAGAAUGAUCGAUCUUCCGAGUCACGUAUAGAACGCACUGUCGACGAACUCUACAUUAGUGAGCCCUAUUUCACAACCCAGGAAGCCGCCCUCAUUAAAGGCACACUCCUGGAGUACACGUCAACUGAGGAAGUCGAUUCUGCUACUAAAACCCUCAAGACUGUGGAUGAAGCAAUCAAGGAGCGAUUAAGCAAAUUCUACGACAAGCGCAGAGCCAGCGGAGACUUUCGACCGUGCGGUCCUCAUGACAUGGUACCGGUCUACUUAAGUGUAUUUGAUAUUCAACGUGGUGAGCUAGAGGAUCAACGCUUUCUCAGCCGGCUG